AUGGCCGGCGCGGAAGAGUCGACGACGGCGAAGGCGGGGGCGGAGGCGGAAGCGGAGAUGAACAUUGCGCUCUCGCCCGGGGGCUGGGGUCCCAGCUUCGAGUUCGCGUUCGACGCGCAGAACUUCUCCGACAGGGUGCUGCGGAUAGAGGUCGUCGCCAGCGACGGCGUCGCAACAAAGCGCCGGCGCAAGGAGAAAGGUGAUGCAGGACAAGGUAUCGAGUCUUCCUCAGCCUUGGUAGAUACACCACUUUUACAAGUAAAGACAAUUUAUAUCAAUUCAGCUAUUCUUGCUGCAAGCAGUCCUUUCUUUCUCAAGCUUUUUUCAAACGGCAUGAAAGAAUCUGAUCAGAUACACCCAACACUUAGGAUUGCUGAUUCAGAGGAAAACGCGGUCAUGGAGCUUUUAAGCUUUAUGUACAAUGGAAAGUUGACAACAGCUGAGCCUGCUCUUCUGCUCGACAUUUUGAUGGCCGCUGAUAAAUUUGAGGUGCUUUCUUGCAUGAGGCUUUGCAGUCAGUUGCUUGCAAAGUUGCCUAUGACCACAGAAUCUGCGCUGCUCUAUCUAGACUAUCCAUGCUCUAUUUCAGUGGCAGCUGAAGUUCAUCAUUUGAUAGUCAGAGCCAAGGAAUUCCUUGCUAAGAAAUACAAGAACUAUACUAAGUUUGAGCAUGAACUAAUGAACUUCCCUCUUGUUGGAAUUGAGGCCAUCUUUUCAAGUACUGACCUACAUGUACCAGCUGAAGAAAGAAUAUAUACUUUCAUGCUCAAGUGGGCCCGUGCACGAUAUCCAGAACUGCUGGAAAGACGUAAGAUCUUGAGUUCUCGUUUACUGCCGCUGGUGCGCUUCAUUCAUAUGAGCUGUCAGUCACUGCAUAAGGUCUUAACAUGCGCCGAUGCCGAUAUAGACCAUGAUCAAGUAAAUAAGCUUAUCACUCGGUUACUUCUACACAAAGCUUACCCAGCACAGCAGCAUGGUGAUUUUGCAGCUGACACGACAGCCAGCUGGCAAUUUGCAGAGCGAACUUACACAUGCAAACCUCUGAAAAUUGUCGCGUUUGAUGAACCCUGCCCACAGGUUAUAGCUUACUGGGAUCUGAAGCGAGAGGAGUGCUCCGGACUCUUUCAGCAAGGACAGAUACCUUCGGAGUCGCUUUGUGGACCCCUCCUUUCAGGAAAGAUAGUCUCGCCCCGGCUCAAUCUUGCUGGGCUGGCUUUCAUGCUUGUUGCAACAUGUAAGAUGGACAAGCUGAGUGGGUUGUACAGUUUUGGCCUCUCCUUUCUCGUCAUAGAGAGACCGAAGGGAUCUGUGACAAUAGAUUAUGAAUUUGCUGCAAGGACAAGAGCGUCAGGGAAAUUUGUGGCUAGGUUUCAGGCUAAGCACACCUUCACUGGUUGUGUGAUGGUUGGAUGCAAUGAUGUUUUUGGCAUUCCAUGGCAGUCGUUCAUGGCUGACGAGAAUCUCUUCAUCAACGGCAUGCUGCACCUGAGAGCUGAUUGUAGGGUAUUGGAGCAACAGGAAACACAAACUUGAUUUCUUACUCUACAGAACUAGGGUUAGGACUUUGCUUAGUAGACCAGAUGCUGACUUGGAUCAUGGCAGAGACCCAAAUUGGUUGGUUACCCUGUUGGUGUCAUGGCCAAGAUGUUGCUCCCACCUGCCUUUUUCUGCUGCGUUUUGCUUCCUUAUCUUUCGGAGGUUCAUUUGGAGAUCAAGUCCUCGAGCUGUUCUGUUUUGGUACAUCCGUCUUCUGUUUCUUGUGUUGGAUGGAUGAUGUAUAGACAUGUUCGUAGCUUACAUCGUCUGGUUGGUUCAGCUGAGUUAUGAUCUUGCAGCGCUUGGCGUGCUCAACCUGAAUAUGCAUCCCAAGUUAGCUUUUUCGUUUCUCUUGUUGUCUAGUUAAAUCUAGCGCGUGUUGAUGUGAAUAAUUCCUGUUAUUGCUUGCUUGAUUUGCACAGCUACCAUUGACAUUAUUCCGAGGGCAAAGUGUGCUCCUCUUCUACUCA